AUGGACGAAUACCCGGAGCUUUGUUUAGCGCUUCGCGGCCACAAUGUUGGAUUUUGGGAACCACUUUGGCGGGAUUCAGGGACGGUUGGUCGUCGAAUCGGCCGCAGUGGGCCCGAGGUGCGAGAUUUUGCCCUCAAGUACCGCGAGGAGCUGGUGGGCAAAUUAAAAACCGCGCCUAUGACCAGCGUCGAGCCGCAGUUUUUCACUACUGGCGACAAGGACAUUGAUAAAUGCCUUGGUGGAGGAAUUCCGACCCGAUGCCUUACGGAGAUCUGCGGUCAGAGCAGCGCGGGGAAAACGGGACUGGCUUUGCAGCUAUGCCUGAGUGCACAGUCCACAAACACCAAAUCGGUGUAUAUUACGACCGAAGACAGCCUCUAUAUUCGAAGAUUAUCGCAACUAGCCGGGCGUUUCUCGCACGCAUCACUGGACAAUGUAUUAACCAGCAAGGCGAGUGCGCAUCCCAUGCAGCUUGUGAAGCUCGUAGAAACGAAACUUGGAUCAUUGAUGAAAAAAAACAACGUAAAUCUCGUUGUUAUUGACAGUAUCGCUCUUUUCCAGGACUGGAUCAACGAUGCAGAGAGUGUCUUAUUUAUUGAAACUUGCCGGAACCUCAGGCGGCUGGCUCACCAACACAAUGCAGCGAUUGUUGUGAUAAACCAGGUGCGAGAGCGUAGCGCACGACGUUUCGGCUACGAUAUCGAAGAUUAUGCUCUAUAUACAGAGAACCAAGAGCGGUUUCUCACCGGCUGGCCAACCAAGCCAUUUGUGUGGGGUCUGGAUGAGGGCCGGAACAGGCUGGUUCCAUCGUUGGGGUAUACGUGGACGCGAGAGAUUGAUCAACGGAUUGUUAUCAAACGAACCGAGCAUGGUCGCAGGAUCGAGCUGGUGUUUUCGCGUCACUCGCCCGCCGCAAGUAUAGACGUUGAUCUGACGUCCGAGGGGUUCGUAUCAGCAGCUGAAGAUCCAACAGACUCUGACGAGUUCCAAAUACCCUCUCAAUCGUUUCCUAAACACCUUUAA